CGAUAGCGACGAAACCGAGACCAAAACUAUUGUUCUUAGAACUGCUGGGUUUGAUGCCCGCUUUCCCAACACAAACCAAACCAAGCAUUGCUGGCAAAAUUAUGUAGAUUAUUUUAAGUGUAUAAAGGCUCGUGGUGAGGACUUUCCUCCUUGCAAGCAGUUCUUUAGAGCGUAUCAUAGUUUAUGUCCCACCGAUUAUAUUUCAAAAUGGGAUACUCAGAGAGAGGAGGGAAAUUUUCCUGUUAACCUUAAUCCUUAG